AUGUCAACUUCUCAAGGCAGUAUACUGGUUACUGGGACCAAUGGGGGACUUGGCUCAGCCAUUGUCACCGAUAUACUUCGCAAGCCCGAGUUAGCUAGUAACUAUACGGGAUUGUACACUGUCAGAAAAGCAGCAACGGCAACUCGGCUUCAAAAUAUCUUGAGCGCAGCACCAAAGUCUCACAAACACAAUAUUAUCGAUAUGGAUCUCGGUUCACUGGCCAGCGUCAGAACAACGGCAGCUGAGAUCAACCGUCAAGUAGCUGCUGGCGACUUGCCUUCCAUCAAGGUCCUUAUCCUCAAUGCUGGAUAUCAAGAUCACGAACAAAUUACCAUGACGGAUGAUGGUUAUGAAACUAGUUGGCAAGUGAAUUUCUUAGCCAAUCAACUCCUGGCUCUCCUGCUACUUCAGAGUCUGGAUAAAGAGAAGAGCAGGAUACUCAUCAUCGGAAGUUGGUCUCAUGAUAUCGAUGAUCCACGUAACAACCUUGGUGGUUCGGCCUGUUACGAGGGCUACGAUAGCCUCUUUCCUGGCCCAGAUGAGCUCGCCAAGGGUAAAUGGAGCAGACCAGACACUGGUGGAGGGUGGCUCACCGGCUUUCGACGGUAUGGAGCAAGCAAGCUAUGCGCUGUGAUGCUCAUGCAUGAACUAGUGAACCGUCUCGCUCAAGAUCCGCAACUGUCCAAUGUCACAGUAACUGGUCUAGACCCAGGUGCUAUGGGGUCUGACCUCGUGCGACGAGGUAGUUCUGUCAUGUAUAAUACCAUCAAGUUAGCCCUUCCGAUUGUUUCCCCUCUUCUUGUCUGGUAUAACCCCAACGGGCCAUAUCGUCCCCUAUAUAAGAGUGCUGCGGAUGCAGUCCACCUGGCCUUUGAGACGGAGGCCCCAAAGGGCAGACUGCUGUAUUUGAACGGCACGGAAGAAUUUGAGACAGGAAAGGAAGCAAGAGAUGGUGUCAAGAGAAAAGCCUUAUGGGCCUACGGACUGGAAGCGGCUCAGAUCAAGCGAGGAGAUACGAUUCUACAAGACUGGCAGUAA